AUGAGGUUGUCACUUCGUGUUAGUGCCGCUGCCGCACUAAUUAUCCUGACUCUCGUCCUGGUCUGUCGCAAUCUGAAGACCAAAGGCGAAUCACUCCAGGAUAUAUGGCACUUCGAUACCGGCUCCUUCCGUACAUCCCUCAGACCAAAACCCCAGCCUGAUCCAUCACAACGGAAAUGGCGGGUUGCAUCGGACAGAAAACCCGCGUUGGUCUACCAGACCACCGAUAUCGUGGUCCCCAACCAGGGUGCUAUUGUGAUGGCCAAGCUUAAGGAGGAAGACACCGCUUGGGUCGGGGCAGAACUAGCAGAAUGGCGCAGCGUCAUUUACACCGUCGACGAUAUCAAUGCCCCGACGCACACCCCGAAAAACAAGGGUCGCGAGGCUCUCCCCUACCUCAAAUAUCUGGUCGACCACUACGACGACCUUCCAGACAUCGUGGUCUUCCUGCAUAGCCACCGCGACGGCCUACUCGCCGGCUGGCACAUCGACACCAUGGAUUACAGCAAUGUGGACUCGGUGCGGGCAUUGCAGAAAGAAUUCGUGCAACAGGCAGGCUAUGUCAAUCUCCGUUGCCAAUUGAGCCCAGGAUGCCCCUCGGCCAUCCAACCAUUCCGUCAACCCCCGAAUCCCGAAAGCAAAGGCGAGGCACACUACGCUGCUGCGUGGAAAGAGCUGUUCCCUGGGGAACCGGUUCCCAAGGAAGUCGCCGGCCCAUGCUGCUCUCAGUUUGCGGUUUCCCGAGAGCAGAUUCUCCAGCGCCCUCAUAGCGAUUACCAGCGCAUGUAUGACUGGGUGAUGAACAACGAACUGCCGGACGACGUUACCGCGGCAAUUAUGGAGUACUCAUGGCACAUCAUUUUCGGCAAAGAUCCUGUCUUCUGUCCCGAUUUGUUCCAAUGCUACGCAGAUGUCUACGGCGAAGAAGUCAUCUUUACCUAA